AUGUAAUAAAGAGCAUCAUCUAGCUAAAAGAUCUUUAACAAUUAAUACUAAAUAGUAAAAAAGCUGUCUUCAGGUUCAUUUGGAGUAGUUUUUUUAGGAUUUGACCUUUUAACUAGAUAAGAGGUAGCAAUUAAGGUUGAAAAAGAAGAAAAUGAAGAAGUACGAUCAUUAGAUAGAGAAGUUUUGAUUCUUAAGAAAUUAGAUGGAGCAGAAGGGUUUCCAAAAUAUUUUUGGUCAGGUGAAGAUCAAAGCUACAAUGUUUUAGUUAUUUAAUUAUUGGGAAAGGAUUUGUCCUAUCAUUUUAAGUAAUUAAAAAAAUUCUCUUUGAAAACUGUUCUUACUCUAGGAAUUCAAGCAGUAUAAAUUUUAGAGAGAUCUCAUUAAAAAGGUGUGAUUCAUAGAGAUCUGAAACCUGAAAAUAUCAUAUUAGGAAUAGGUAAAGAUAUUUUAAAGCUAUAUUUAAUUGAUUUUGGAAUAAGCAAAAUAUAUAGAGAUUCAAAUGGAAAGCAUAUGUAAAAAUAAUUAAUUUAUUUUCUAAUUUUAGUUCAUUUAAAGAUUAAAAAUCAUUCUUAGGUACAACUCGAUAUGCUUCUAUAGCAGCACAUUUGGGACAUGAAUUAGGACGUAAAGAUGAUUUAGAAUCUUUGAUGUAUAUUCUGUUAUAUUUUUUACGUGGGUAAUUAAUCAUAUAUUAAAUAAGUCAGUUACCUUGGUAAAAUAUGGUUAAUGUAACAGAUGAUGAAAGAACAAAGAAAGUUGGAGAAAUGAAAUUAUCUAUGGAACGUGAAGUUUUUAAAGAUUAAUCUAAUGAAAUUUAACGUAUUUUUGAGUAUUCAUUAAAUUUCACAUUUUAGUUACAUAAGAAAACUAUAAUUUAAAUAAGAACCAAAUUACAAAAUGAUAGUAUAAGAAUUUAAAAGAGCAGCUGGAUCUUCAAAUAUUACAAUUGAUGGUAAUUUUGAUUGGACAGAGAUUAAAUAAUCUACACAUUAUUAGACAGAUUCUAAUCAAAAUUAGAGUCGAAAUAACAUACCUACUAAUUCUAAUGAAAUGAAAAAGUCUAUUGAAAAUUAACUUUCAGGUCUUAUUUAACCUAGGUAUAAUAAUUAAAUUAAUAUAAGUACAAAUAAUUUAUUGGCACCUCCUCCUUUAAGUUCUACUCGAGGAACUUUCCAACGAGAUGAUAUUAGAAAGAGUUCUAGUGUUACACAAUAAAGUAGUAUAAAUUAUUGUUAAUCUCUCAAUCCAAAUUACUAAAAAUCAAUAUGUGAAGAACCUCUUUAAGAAGAGGAUUAUUAUUAUGAUUUCAAUAGUGUAGAAAUAUGUGAAAAUUAUAAGGCAGACUCUUGUUUGUAUAACAAAUAUAAUAAAAUUAAACUGGGAAUUUUUGUGUAAAUAUAUUUUUUAUUAAUUUAGACAUUUUCUCCCUAAAUAAAUAAAUCUUAAAUGA